UAUGAAGUCAUAGCAGGGCCACUAGCUGUCUAAAAGAGGCUGUGAGGCCGAGCACAAAAGCCUCAUUCACCGGUAAAAAGAACCCGGAAGAGCUGCCACGUCAAAAGAAAAAAAAAAGAGUGUGAGGAGGAAGGAAAGAUGAGGCUAAAGUGCGGUUGGCCGCCAUUAAAACAACUCCAACCAGCUUGCAGUCGACGUCUGCUCCUCCAACUGCGGGUGUUCGGCACCCAUGGGACUUAAGGCUCGGUCAACCAGACGCUCAAUUUGGGGCAAAAGUGACGUUUUUGUCCGUCUUUCUUUCCUGCUGGCUUUCCUCCUCCUCCUGGGAGUGUGUUUACGCCACUUACCGGAACCUCUCCCGCUCAGCCACCGCGCCGUUUCCGGGUCCGAGCGGGAGGUGACGCUCCUGAUCUGGACUCAUCCCUUCGGUCGGUACCGGAAACUUCCGGACUGUUCGGCGCUUUACGACGUCGACGGCUGCGUGGUGACAGACGACCGGCGCGUUUACCCGCGCGCGGACGCCGUCGUGGUGCACCACCGCGAUGUCGCCGCCGGCAGCGCCGAGCUGCCCCCACGACCUCGACCCGCGGGGCAGAAGUGGGUGUGGCUGAACUACGAGUCCCCCACGCACACGCCCGCGCUGUGGCGCAUGGAGGGCUUCUUCAACCUCACCAUGAGCUACCGCGCCGACUCGGACAUCUUCCUCCCGUAUGGCUACCUGGUCCCUGGAGGGGUCCAGAGGCACGUGCUCCAAGAACCUUCUAGAAGCUCCCGCCCUCGCCUUGUGGCCUGGGUGGUGAGUAACUGGGUGGAGUCCCACGCCCGCGUGCUUUUCUACCACCAACUCCGCCAUUACGUCCAGGUGGACGUGUUCGGCAGGGCGGGCCGCGACUUACUUGAAGGCAGCGGCAGCGUGGUCGCCCUGUUGAGGCGCUACACGUUCUACCUCUCUCUGGAGAACUCCCAGCACACGGAUUACAUCACCGAGAAGCUGUGGAACGCCGUCCUGGCCGGCGCCGUGCCCGUGGUUUUGGGUCCCGGCCGGAAGAACUACGAGCGCUUCCUGCCGCCGGAGGCCUUCAUCCACGUGGACGACUUCCCCACGGUGGGAGAACUGGCCGGCUACCUGCUGACGCUUUGGCGAGACCCGGCCCGCCUGAUGAGGCACCUGCGCUGGAGGAGGGACCUGGGUGUGCACCAGCCCGCCUUCUGGGCAGAACACUAUUGCACGGCCUGCAGGGCGGUAAGGAGGACCCUGGGCAGGACUAACGUGGUCCAGGACUUGGCAGUCUGGUUUGAGUCAUGAUGAAAACACAUCAUACUCCCUGCUUGGCACUCAGCAUCAAGUGUUGGAAUUGGGGGAUAAAUCACCAAAAUGAUUCCCGGGCGUGGCCACUGCAGCUGCUCACUGCUCCCCUCACCUCACCUCAUCUCCCAACAGGUGGAACAUGGGGAUGGGUCAAAUGCAGAGGAUAAUCUCACCACACCUAGUGUGUGUGUGUGACUAUCAUUGGUACUUUAAUUUUUUAACUUUAAAACAGUGGUUCUUAACCUUGUUGGAGGUACCGAACCCCACCAAUUUCAUAUGAGCAUUCACUGAACCUGAACCGUAAUCAUACAAUGAUGUUAUUAUAUUAAAUAAAUACUAAUAAAGAUAUAUUUUACAAACAGAAAGUUACAGGAAUGUACACAUAAUCCAAUGUUUACAUCUCAUUGUGCAACAUGUGAAUGUUUUAGUGGGAACUAAAUGCGAUAUCGGGCAGCACGGUGG